AUGGACGAAGCGGAGUCAGCCACGAAGGCGCUCGGGCUGGAUGAACCGCCCCAACGGGCGGGCUCGGAUACGGAGUCGGAGGCCGAAGUCUCCACGAUGGCCGUGAUGGCGGCGCCGGGAAACAUCGACAUGGGAGCCGAAGCGAUGCCGAACGCCGACGAGUCCGAGUCUGCUUUCCCAGAGGUGUCAACAGUAGCGGUGGAAGACGUUCAGACUACAGACAACAGUGUUUUUAACAGCCCUGUGGACUCAGUGGAAACCCUUCCAGAACAUGUGCUGAGUGGAAGGAGCAAUAUUGAGCUUGGUGAGGGUCUGAGUAGCCAGAAGACAACACUGAUGGUUGUCCACACUGACUCGAAUAUUGUAGAAGACAGACUCAAGUCUACCUCUGCCAUCUCAACAGGACUGGUGACUCCACCCAACCUGCUGACUCCUCCACAGGACAAAGACCCCAACUCCAAAUACAACUGGGAUCCAUCUGUAUACAACAAUGAGCUGCCGGUGCGAUGUCGCAAUUCCAGCGGCAUCCUUUUCAAGAACCGUCUUGGCUCAGGGGGUAAAGGCCGCUGCAUCAAACACAAUCAACAGUGGUUGACGCCCACAGAGUUUGAGGGCUUGGCUGGUCGCGCCAGCAGCAAAGACUGGAAGAGGAGCAUCCGAUAUGCAGGAAGGCCUCUGCUCUGCCUCAUACAGGAUCGCAUCCUGAACCCUCACGCUGCCUCGUGCACAUGUGCAGCCUGCUCUGACAGCAUGACCUUGGAUGGGGACUCCCUGGAAGACGAAAACAUCACAAUGAACGGACCAGUACGUCUCUUUGUCCCGUACAAGAGGAGGCGGAAGGAGACAGAUCCAGCACCCGUUCCCAUCAAAAAAGAUAUUCCAGCCAGCAAAAACAUCACAUUGACCCCGGGAACCACUUUCACAGUGUCACCCGUCGGUCAGAUCACUCCAUCGGGCACGUUGUCAUUUGAGCGCUCGCCCUCUGGCGACGCAGCCACCAUCAUCUCGGACGCCUCUGCACAAAGCGAGGUGUACACGGACACAUCAGUGUUGACAGCCUUGCCGGCAUUGGCACUGUCUCCCCAGGCUAAGAUGGCGGUGGCAUCCCCCUCAGCCUCACUGAUGGGUACGCUGGAAGUGAGGCCAAUAGUUGGACCGGUGGCCGGGGCAACCGUGGCAGUGGGGCCCCCGCUCUUGAGCGAGAGCCCAAAGAACACCUGGCUAUACCUGGAGGAGAUGGCCAAUACCCUCAUGAGCAACGUGCAGAAUCUCAAAGCCCUGAUUGAACAGGCCAAGAAGGAGAAUAGAGUACACAAGGAAUGUGCUGUCAGUCAGUCCUUCCAGAACCAGAUCACAUUCCAGACGCCAGAUGAUUCGCAAGCUAAACGGAGCACUGACAUAACAGAGGUCAUCCUCAAUGAGAUGUGUGAGAACUGUGGCCGCUUAGCUCAAAACGAGUGCACGGGCUGCCGUAAAGUCAACUACUGCUCGACUUUCUGUCAGAGGAAGGACUGGAGAGAGCAUCAAAAUGCCUGCUGUCAAUCAGGAGGUGGCGGGGUCAUCCCAGAGGACGAGCCAAUGGCAUCAGUCGGCAUGGACAAAGUUAAAUAA